CUACACUCAUAAUAAUAGCGUGUUCCCUGUCUGACUCCCAUACUCAAAACUAGCGACCUCCGCAAGAGCUUUCCUUGUGUUUUGAGACCACCGCGGAUUUCAGCUGCCUUUCUCUUUAAUUCAGCUGGAGACUUUAUUGCGGAGCCCCCACAAAAUGUUGGAGGGCGGGCCGCGCAGCAGCAGCGCAGUGAGUUGUCAAAAAAUCGGUUAUGAUGAAGCUCCAGGACGCGCACUCCGGUAAAUACAUGUGAGGUAUACGAUCGCACAUUUAUCAUCAGCGUUAUCACUGCUGUCGUCGAUUUGAUAGAGCCGGCUAUAUGUAUUAAUAAUAAUAAUAAUGCGGCGAUUUGUCCUCUCUCUGCAACUUCGGGCGGCGGACAGGCGCAAGGGCGCGGGCGGCGCAUAGUUAUCCAGUGCGCAAGUGCCAUUCUGCGGGAGGAUCUCCCCUAACAGCCGCACCGGGAUGCCUUUGAUCAGCCUGGACGACGAGGAGCAGCGAUGGGUGCCGACGCAUGUCAACGUGACCGUCCUCCGCGCACGGGCGCUGCGGACGAAGGGCAAGCAAGGCAGCCGCUACGUUUACACCAUCAUCCAGGUCGGCAAGGAGAAGUACACCACCGGCCUUGUGGAGAAGGCGGAGGAGCCGCAGUGGGGCGAGGAGUGCGCGUUUGAGCUGCUGCCGGGGCUGCUGGAAGCGGGGGGCACCAGCGCGUACCCGCCCGGGAGCAGCAACCUGGUGCUGACCGUGAUGCACCGCGUGCUGAUCGGCCUCGACGUGUUUCUCGGGCAAACUAUUGUUCCGCUUGACAAAGUUUUCCAGGAAGGAACAUGUCCUAGAAAUGAGUGGCUCAAGCUGCACUCCAAGGCUGGCCGAAAGGAGAAAGAGCGUGGAGAGCUGCAGGUCACCAUCCAGUUCACCCGCAACAACAUGACAGCCAGCAUGUACGAUCUAACCGUAAAGGACAAGCCUCGCUCUGCGUUUGGUAAGCUGAAGGACCGCGUCACUGGGAAAAAGAGGGAUGUGGAGUCCUCCUCUGCCAUCCUGCCAGGCCGCUACGCCGCUCUGUCCGGGUCUGUGGGUCCACCGUUUGCUGGAGAUGGUGGAUCUUAUGAGGCCAGUGAAGAAGACGGGGUGGAAGAACAUCGAAGUAAGGUCAAAGACUUCUUUCUUAAGGGGAAACUGCGCAAGAAUUCAGACACACGCUCCUGUUCAUCGCUGGCGUCAGACAGCAGCAUGGCAUCGUCCGCUGGGGAUCCAUUCAUCCCGGUGGAGAUUCCCAGAACACCGAUCUACAGCAGCAGAGUCAUGGAGCCUUUCCGCAUGGACACAGAGGGAGCGAUAAAAGUGAUGACCCACAAACGUGCGCACAGCGAUGAAGCCAGUAAGAUCACAUGUGUUCCUCGUCCCGGCCCAGCCGUGGAAAACCUAAAAGGCCAAAGCAUGGCGCUCUCCCAAUCGACGCUGUGCAUCAACGGCAGCCAUAUCUACUCAUCCGAGCCUGUCAGCCCAAAAAGUCCAAGCGCCAUCCCGGCCAAACGCUCCCUCCUGGAGAAAUGUGCGCCCCUUUCAAGAUCUCUCCAAAACCUGACCCGGCGCGGUGAGGACUCGCAGAAGAGCGACGGCAGACGCUGGUCCAUCGACAAGAGUAAGAAGGAGGAUUUGGAGACAAAUGGAGCUCAAAGCCAAAUUCAAGCCUCCAGCAUUGUAGAUGGGAAGCCAGUGCAGCCUGGAGCUGUGGACGUGGUGGACAAAGGGAAAAAGCUGAGGAAAACUCUAUUUUCUAGCGGGAGGUGUGACUCUCUUCCAGCCAAGCCGGAGCAGGGCCAGAUUUCUGCACCUGUUGAGGGCAGACGUAGAGGAUGGUUUGGCUCCGGUGACUCCCAGAACAAGCCAAGGCUGGGAAUCUCUCCUAAGGUAGAGAGCAGCUCAGAAACCCCCUGUCAGAUUCCCUGCUCCCCUAGUCAGCCACCAUGCUCUCUUCCCCUUGGUUGUACUACUGGCUCAGUGUCUCCCCCUAGUGGCAAUCCAUUCACCCCAUCUUCCCCAACACCACCUUCUAUCUCACCCUCCAACCCUUUCCUCACACGACUACAGCAAAACCCCUUCUUUGAGGAUCUUAUUGCUGAGGAAGCUCUGAAGUCUCCAACUGCUGGUUACUGUUCGCUCAAUUCCAGUCUUCAUCAUCCAGUGUCCAGAUCCAGUGUCAUUCGCAAUGGAGCGCAGAACAGGAUUCCCACCAUAAAGCGAGAAAGACCUAGGAGUAUGUCCCGGCAGAGAUCUCUUCCAACUAUUAUGCCGGAGACACCAGAUACAAACUCAAACGGCAAUCCGAACCACUGUUCAUCUGAGAGAGUUGGGGAAUGGGAUGAUUUUGAAGCCUUUGCCUCCAGCCGCCUUAAAUCACCAAGUGGGACCCCAACUAGGCCUCCGUCAGCACCAUUUCCGAAUACAAAUCUGAUGAAGUGUGUGAAUGAUACAACGAUUGGUUUGAGGGUUGAUGAAGUUGAUAUGGGCGUUUCGAGACCGUGGGAUCUACCUCCUCUACCACCACGUAGACCCAUUAGGACGCAAGUGAUCUCCACUGACAGCUGGUUGGAUAGAGCCCAAGAGAUGGCUGUGCAGAAAGAGGCCUGCUUUCUUUCCCAGACUGACUUUGCUUCCCUUCAGCAUGUGAGAGAUGGAGAUGUGAAGAGGAACUCUCAAACUGUAUAUUCAGAUAAAGUGUUGCACAACUUCUCUUCAGUAGGGAAUCACAAUAUGGAGUUGCAGAGUGGUAUCAAACUGAGUGAAUACCUUGGGGAACCAACAGGGCAGGAUUUUGUUAUGAAUAACAAUGCUAACACCUCUCCGAAUGGUUUCGUUGAAGAUGCACUUGGAGACUCAGAAUGUGAAUACACAGUACCCGAAACGUUGUGUUUCCCAUCCGACUGGGAAACUACAGUAGCUGAAUCACUUUGCAGUUCACCUCAAACCCAACCCAAACAAGAUUCAGAAAUGUCCUUUGAAGGAAAGGUCUCCAAUGAGCAGCAAUGCAAGCCUAAAACUAAUGAUGUCAACUUGUUGACUCUCUCCCCUAGAGAUUCAAACAACAACACAGAUAUUACUUCAGAGUUUGCUUUCAUUGAUUCUGAAAGCUCGCCUUCGGAGUUGCAACCAUUUGACAUUAAAAAUGCAUCCAAAGAGUGUUCAAAUGUACAAUUUGGGAAUGGUUCCUCACUUCCAAAGUGCUCACCAGGCAUACCUGAGGAUAUUUUGUCCAAAAUGGCAUCAGAGUUGGAGAUGUUUUCACCAAAGAACGCAAAUUAUGACCAUUGCUCUUCCCCUUUUGAGAGAUCUUGCGAAGGACUGGGAGAACUUAAAGUUAACUCUUGUGGAAACCAAAACUGCGAGGCUCUCAACAAUGACAACACUGUAACAAAUCCAAAUAUGUCAGAGAGUAACUGCAUUUUACACACUACGCAUAAUAACCAAGAGCAUAAAGUUCUGGACUCUGAAAGUAAACUUGAACCUGAAGUCUGCCUCUCAACGGACAACAAAAUCCAGGAAUAUACUUCAACAUUGGAGGAACAAAUCAGCUUUGAGGACUUGCAUGCUAGAGUAGCUCCAAGAAACUCCAGGAGCUCUUGUAAAAUGGAGGUCAGAUCGGCUCGUAUCCGACCACGUUCAACCACAAGCUCACCCAGAAACGUCCAGGGUGCCGACCAACUCCCAGACUCUUACACUCCAACAUCAGACCUCAGUUUGCAUGACCCUACCCCUUCGCCUUUACAAUUAGUUGAUACUAAUUCCUGUCUCCACCCUGACCCGUCCCUUUCUGCAAACCCCCAAAACGAGAGGCCCAGCAUGGGUUCCACAAGCUCCACCACAGCCCAGCCCCAUGAGGAGAGCAGCCCUCACCCUGUGAAGCCAUUGACCAACAACACUCUACAGGGAGAGAAGAAAGCUGAAAGCCGCUCAGUGCUGGAGAAACUCAAGUCCACCAUAAAUCCUGGACGAUCUGCUGCAGCAACCACUGCUGAGGAGGAGAAACAGCAGUUGGCUCUGAUGGAGGCCCGCGCUCACUAUCAGAACAUGACCAACAUGGAGCUGAUUGCUCUGCUGCUUCAGCAGGAAGUGGAGAUCAAGAAGCAACGCGCAGAAACCGAGGUGCAGGUGGUGAUGCUGGAGAAACGAGACGCAGAACUGAAGAAGAUGAAGGUUCAGGUCAGAGAUCUGGAGGACUACAUUGACAAGCUGCUGGUGCGCAUCAUGGAGCAAACGCCCACGCUGCUGCAGGUACGCGGCAGACUAAAAUGACUACAAUGAAGCGCUCCUUCCCGAAUACACCUCAUAUCCACCUAAAGCCAUUUGUGAUGCUCCAUUAAAUGUCAAAACUGCCAGAUUCACGUAGACACGAUAAAAGCUUUGCAUGCUUAAUACUGGAGCUCCAAAUCCACCUUUUAUCAUACUCCUAAACAUGCUACAGGCACAAAAUUAUAGAUGUGCAAUUGGAUUGAUUUAUUUGAUCUAAUGUAGAUAGAAAUAUUCAUAGAAUGUACACAAAUAAGUCUUCCUGUUUAUUCAUUUUCAUAAUAGGAAAUGAGGUCAUAUUAAAUCACACAAUGUCUCUGAAGUUAGGAAAAUCCACAGAUGCAAGUAAUAAAAGCACUGCCUAAAAUAGUGGACUCUUUAUUUGUCACUUUAACACUCUUCAUUCCUUGCAAUUGGAAGUAUUUGAAACAAAAUCAUACGGAGACCCGUGAAAAAAAAUGGGUGGAAGAAAAAAAAAACUGAGUUCGUGAUUUUUUUUAUGUUUUUCCGUUAUCUCGCAAAGAUGUUUUUCCACAAACACUUCCUGUUCACUUCAUACAUGUCAACCCUCCUGUUUUUGCUGGGAUUUUACUGUAUUUUACCAUUCUAUUCUGCUAUUAACCUCUGAAUCAGUGAAUGAAUGUUCAAGCGCUGACUGACGCAUGCGCUCUGUCUGAUAAACUGAUCCCAAAUGCCAAUUAAAGAGGAGGACAGCAGGACACUUUGGAAUUCGGGUAAACAUUACAUGCUUGUUUUAUUUUAAACACAACUAAUUUUCUCUUUAAUAAGCACAAACAUUUACUAAAGUAAUCAAAUUCUUUCAUUAUAGAUCUGCAGUAUGUAUUCUAAAAGUGACACCUCUGCUAUCAAACAGAGCAAAACGAGAUUCAUUUGCUGCUCUUCGCUUGUUUGAUAACAGAGAUGUCAUUUUAAAUGGCGUGUACAAAAGCUGAUCUGGAAUUAGUUUAUUAUGAAGAGCGCGUCCGUCAGUCAGCGCUUAUACAUGCAGACGUUUAUAUAUUAAUUUCAGCGUGCUUUCAAGAUUAAAAAUAUGCGAGAAUAUGGGAAAUUACUUAAUGA